GUGCCCGACGUGUCGCCUCUCCCCUUCCCUUCGCUCCCACUUCUCCCCCACCCCUCCAACCCAAACCCAUCUCAGCUCGUCCGUCCCCCUCGUCUUCGCCACUGGACACGACCGCAAACCCUAGGCGUCGCCGUCCUCCGAGGCCCCAAGAUCAGCUGAUGGAGCAGCUUGACCAAGAAGCCCAGUCCAGAGCUCACUUGGAGGAGGAGCUUGUCAAGGAGAGGCAGGCCAACGCUCUUUUGCAGGAGCAGCUUCGAAAGAAGAACGAAGAUGAAGCCGCGUACAAGCAGCAGAUAGCAACGCUCACGCAGAGGAAUCAAGCUGAAGCAAAGAAAAGCAAGAGUGACGUGGCCAAGCUCCAAGACGAGAUAAGGAAGCUCACUGGUGUUCUUAAGGCUAGGCAUGAGGAAGACAAGCUGAGCUGGGAGCGCAUUCAAGGCGUCUUGAAGGCUUGGGAUGAUCGCAAAGCUGCUCGUGAAGCUUCAACUUCUUCUGGUGACAAAGGACCAAGCAAGAAGAAUGCUGGAGCUGGGGUCAAGACUUCUCGAACAGGUGGCAAGUGAGGUUUACAGGGCAUUACAAGGAUUUGAUAGCAAACAGCUAGUACGUCAAGCCGGAGCCUUCACUCACUCAGCUUGGGUCAGCACUUCAUUUGUUUCCCAAGGAGGGUCAUCAGCGAGUCCGCUCUCCCCAAGGUAGUUAAAAGGCAUAGGUACGCAUUCCCCUGCACCAAUGUACCGAAGCAUUUUACCUUUAAUCACUAGAUGGGCUCGAGCCAGGGUCCUAUUUUCAUUCUCCAUGACUUCAAAGCUGCUUCUCUUUAUCAAUGAGGAUCAACGUUGUGAGGAUUCAAGCCUGAGGCUGCUUUGGUGGUGCGGAUUUGUCUCCACAGGCGUUGAUCUCCUUGUAAUAGGUCUAGUCUGCUUGUUGAUGCCUGUUUUGCUUAGGUGACACUCCUGUUGUGCGCCUCCCUCCUGCUGGCUUUUGUUUAGAGGGCUUAACUCCUGCGUUGGAUGCUGGAUCUUAUUACUUUGGGCUUUGUUAGUUAGCUGUUUGCUGCGUUUUUCGUUUGUGUUUGUAGUUCUCAUGACUUGCAGCUUGCUGCUUGGUUUCCCUUAAUGGAAUUCGGAGGGGGAAACCCUUUGAUAC